AUGGGUACAAGAGAGGAUGAAUAUGAUUAUUUGUUUAAAGUGGUGUUGAUAGGUGACUCAGGAGUUGGAAAAAGCAGUCUCCUUUCACGUUUCACUAGAAAUGAAUUCAACUUAGAAUCAAAAUCAACAAUAGGAGUGGAGUUUGCCACUAGGAGUAUAGAGGUGGACGGCAAAACCAUUAAAGCUCAGAUAUGGGACACGGCGGGCCAAGAGCGGUACCGCGCAAUUACGUCGGCGUACUAUCGAGGCGCUGUCGGGGCACUGCUCGUGUACGACAUCGCGAAGCAUCUCUCGUAUGAAAAUGUGGAGCGGUGGCUUCGCGAGUUGCGCGACCACGCCGACCAGAACAUACUGAUCAUGCUUGUUGGCAACAAGAGCGAUCUUAGACAUCUUAGAUCUAUCACCACGGAAGAAGCGAAGGCAUUUGCAGAAACCAACGGUCUUAGUUUUAUCGAAACGUCGGCCCUCGACUCCACGAAUGUCGAACCUGCAUUCCAGAAUAUUCUUACGGAGAUCUAUAGGAUCGUGUCACAGAAGCAAAUGCGCGAUCCACCCGAAGUGUUGCCAGUAAACACGAACUGUCCAAUUAAGUAUGUGGAAGAGAAUAAAAGGAAAACAACGCAAGACAAUCAUUCCUUAACAUGUUGCCAGCAACAUGACGCCAUUUCCUCGUGGACAGUAACGAACUCCGCUUAG